AUGACGAACCCAGAAGAGGGAAAUCAAACUGUCACAGAAUUCAUCCUCCUGGGAUUCGGGACUCUUCCUGAACUGCAAAUCCUGCUUUUCCUGCUCUUUCUCUUGAUCUACACUGCGACUGUGGCUGGGAACAUCCUCAUCAUUGUGUUAGUUGAGUCUGAUCAGCACCUUCACACCCCCAUGUACUUCUUCCUGGGGAACUUGUCCUGCUUGGAGACCUGCUACACCUCCGCCAUCCUGCCCAGCAUGCUGGCUAGUCUCCUCACUGAGGACACAACUAUUUCAUUUACUGGAUGUCUCACACAAUAUUAUUUCUUUUGUUCUCUGGUUGCUACAGAAUGCCUUCUCUUAUCGGUGAUGUCUUAUGAUCGGUAUUUAGCGAUAUGUAAUCCAAUGCACUAUACAGCCCGUAUGAGUGGUAGGUUAUACCUCCAGCUUGCAGGUGGCUCUUGGACAGGUGGCUUCCUAUGUGGUGGAGUAAUAACAUUGUCAAUAUCACAGUUAACGUUCUGUGGUCCCAAUGGUAUUGAUCAUUUCUUUUGUGAUCUUAUCCCCCUGAUAAAUCUCUCCUGUAGUGACCCUCAGAUGAUGGAAAUGUUGAUUUUCACACUCAGCUUGAUUUUCUCAGUGGUCCCAUUCCUGCUUACCUUGAUGUCCUAUAUCUGCAUCAUUUCCACCAUCCUGAGAAUCCCGUCCACCACUGGGAGGCAAAAGGCCUUUUCCACCUGCUCCUCCCACCUUAUUGUGGUGACCAUUUAUUAUGGAGCGUUGCUAAUAGUCUAUAUGUUCCCAACCACUGACAUUCUCAGAGACUUCAAGAAAGUUCUCUCUGUCGUCUAUGCUGUCCUGACUCCCCUGGUCAAUCCCCUCAUUUACAGUUUGAGAAACAAAGAGGUGAAGGAAGCCCUGAGGAAAGCUUGCAGGAAAUUUGUGUUUGGACAACACUAA